CGAAGACGAUAAGUUCCCUUCCAGCUCGUUUCUCUUGAGGCAGACGUAACAGCGUACUACUCUCUAAAGUGCAAACUCCCCUUAAUUUCCUUGUCGCGGAGAAGAAAGAGAUGGGGGGCAAUCGAACGGUGGGGAUCGGCAUGGACUACUCUCCGACGAGCAAAUCGGCUGUCCGAUGGGUGGUCGAUAAUCUCGUGGGUGAAGGAGAUCGUAUCAUUUUGAUACACGUGUUAUCGACCAAGUCAGAUAGUCCUCAAAAGAAGCUUUGGGGUGACAAGGGAUCACCUCUGAUUCCUCUGGAGGAGUUUAAGGAAAUGAACUUGUCGAAGCAGUACGGAAUUAGUGCGGAUCCCGAGGUGGUGCAACUUCUUGAUACUGCAUCAAAGACUAAGAAGUUGAGAGUGGAGUGCAAGGUCUAUUGGGGCGAUCCAAGAGAGAAGCUCUGCGACGCGGUAGAAGAUCUCAAACUGGGCUCCCUUGUAGUUGGAAGCAGGGGUUUGGGCACUUUUAAAAGAGUUUUGCUUGGAAGCGUGAGCAACUACGUAGUGACAAAUGCGACAUGCGCUGUGACUGUUGUGAAGGGGGGAUCAGGCCCUAGGGCCUGAUUUCUCAUCUGACUUCUUUCUUAAUUUGGGGGUAUACAUAUAUUUGUAGUGAGUAAAUAAUGUUUUUGAGAGAGAGGUUUGCUCGAGUGAUGAUUACUCUCUCUAGUUGAUGGAAGGUUUUGUGUGCUUGGUAAAAUUUGUACUGUGUUGUGUUGUGUAUGCUUACUGACAGCGCUUGCAUCUUCUUUUUUGGUCAAUUGCUACUGCCUUGGAUUACUUAGAAA